GAAAAAGUUCUUUUAUGUUGGAAGUCUAUUAAACGCUUAAUCCAUAUACUGUUUGAUUUAUUGUUGGUUGAAGCCCUAAAGGAGAAUGUCUUGAAAAUUUUAAAAUAUUUAGCCAGUAAAGAUGAAGCAAUAAUACGAUUUAUACUGUCUGAUCUUGCUUAUAAGAUAAUUAUCACUGUUGAAACUGAGAACACUCCAGUCGUUUAUCGGGUUUAUGGGGAGAUAGUAAGGCAAGUGGACUACCAACUAAAUAAUUUAGAUUCUCACGGGAGAUUAGCUUCUAGACUGCUUUACACGGUCGAAAAAUGUGAUUCUGAAAGCAAAUUGUUUGCAGCUGCUUUAUACUGUUUGUCAUCCUGCUGUGUAUCUUCACUGGGCCUCCACUGUAUUCCUGCAAGGCUUCAUACUUUUGUAAGAGCUUUUUUGUACAAAAUACCAGAUUUUGAAGAUGAGCGACUAACGGGGGUUCUGGAAAUUUUGAAUUUUUGUAUAACGCGCAACAAUAUUUCCUUCCAAUUUACUGAAGCUGAAUUUGUUAUUGUCUCGAAAGUUUUAAAGAAAGCGCUUGCCGACUAUGAUCAGUACAGGAACUCACUCGCCCUUUCAGUUGUUUACACUCAAUGUCUCCUCGAACCCACUUCCGUGGAUUUUAUAAUCAAAAACGAUUUAUGUGAAUAUAUUUUUGAAGCGUUGAGUUCUUUAGCGGAGUCCAAUUUAAGACGUGGACUUUCGAUAAUCAAACUGCUUUCACGUUAUGAUACUUUUUACGAGCACGAUCGAGCUAUUAUCGGUUGCUUGUUACUAUUCCGUGCCGGUAUGAACUUUCUGUCUCAUGGAGAGUAUGGGGAAGAGUUGUCCUUGGUUAUUGAGCUAAUAGGCAUCACCCUCAGAAAUUUAAGCUCUUCCUUUUCACUUAUGAGGCUCUUCGAUGUGGUAUCUUUCAGUCUUUUGAAAGCUUUUUUACUUUCCACAACCAAAGUCAUUGAAAAUAAACAUGAAGCGUUGGAGGCUCUGUACUAUCUAACUCUAUCCAACACAAAGAACUUCGAGCAGGUUCACGAUGAAAAUGCUACUGUGCCUCAUAACGCGGACGUUGGCGGACUAAUGGAGUCCUUCCGGCUAUUAUUUUCUCAAGCGCUGGAGCUCAGCGAUGCUGAACUGCAAUUGGUUUUCAUGAAGGCGUUGCUUUCGUAUAUGACUGCAGAACUGAAUUCGUUGCUAAAAGGAUCCAACCAUUCAGAAAUAGUUGACUCUUUCCGCAAACUUCUUAUUGAUGCUUUUGACACUAUUUUUCUUCCUCUUGAGCAUUUACUGGCCAAUGCUGAUCUUUUAUCUCUUUACAUUGAAAACAUUAACCUUCUUACUCUCAACUUUACGGAAAUCCAUUGGCUUGAGGAUUUAAUUUUCCUUGGAUAUCUCGGAGUGUUUCUCUAUUCUUCUAGUAAUGUGGGGCUCCACUUUGAUCUUUUAAAGGACCAUCUCUGCCUUUUGUCUCGAGUGGUGUGCUACAGUUCCCCUUGGAAAACUUUGCCAGCCACAGAGACGAGAGCUCAGUGGAUCGUCGACUCCAUCGCUCAAGGACUCCCGUUUCUGCCAAAGGGCGUUAAUUAUAUAGAAGUGUAUAGAAACAUGAGUCCAGGGGCUCGUUACGAAAAAGCUUUGCUCUCUCUUAUGCAUUGUUUCAUGCAGGGAACUGGAAUUGGCUUUAAAAGUAGCGAACUUAUUCAAAUGGUUGCAGAUUCAACGAUUUGCUACAUGAAAAAAUGUUUAUUUCAGGAAGAUAUUCACUAUUUAUCUGCACUGGACUUGUUUUCUAAAUGUGCUAUGGAUGGAAUUUUAAUAAGUUCUCUCCCAGAUUUUGAAAGACUUAACCACGUGACCCUCUCUGUAUUGGAUUAUUCCAAACAUCUAGUCUCGUGGGUCUUCAGUUACGAUCAUAUUUGCAUACAAACCCGUUUAUGCCUGGCGCUUUACCUGAUGGCGAAUUUCCAAUAUUGUUCUGAUACCACAGUUUCUCAAUCUCGUGUCUGCGGAAAAAAUAACUUACCACUGCACAAGGAGGCGUGGACGAUAGCACAAAGUGACACUGGACAGUUUCUUGAGCAACCCGUAGAAACUUUGACUGUUCUUCUUUGCUUCCAUGAAACUUUUCAUCGUCACUGCUUCCUUGAGUUACUUAUUGAACUUAUAUUAUCAAGGAACACAAUGUUUUCGUUACCUGCCAUAAACUUUUUUCGGAAAAUUAUGGAGUGCUUUUUGCAAGUUUCCUCCCCCAAAAAGCUCUUCUUUGAAAUAUUUGAGAAGCAUUCUUUCGAAUCUAUUUUGUGCUCGUGUUGCUUUUCUUAUCUUAGGCAGUAUCCACUGAUCGCUGCCUUCUAUGAGCGUCUGGAGGUUUUAAACGAGAUGAGUGAGCAUGAUCUUCUCUCUGUAAUAAAAGCCUUAAUUUGUUGCUUCCAAUUUUUUGAAGUUACUUACGUGCCGACGAGCGCCAUAUCAAAACUUUGCUAUAUUGUGGAAAGGAAGAGUUUGGAUUCCGAAGUCACUGAAUAUAUUAUUCUUUUCUUCCAUUUUCUUAUUGAGUGUUCUGCAAACGACGUCCAAAAAAAAGUUUAUAUACAGCUAAUUGGAAAUAAAAGGAUCAUAAAUAUUUUUUUCAAAACUUUGCUUUAUAAGGAUAAAUUCGGAGCCAAAAGUUCAUGGCUUGUUCUUCUUCUUUUGACGGACUUUUUACACUUAUCAAGAAAGUUUAACAUUUCAAAGACGAGCGAGGCAACAAGCCAUUUUUCUGAAAUCCCCGUCCGCUCCCUUUUGCCUAAACUAUUGAGUAUCAGAGUUCCGAUUGUUGAGGCUACCAUGAACUUUUUAAGUGAAGUUUUAUCGCUGAGGGAGACCGAAACAGAAUCCAGCGAAGACUUUCCGUUUCGAAUAAACUUUCCUUUUGGGCCCUUCUUUAUGCGAUGGCGUUUUAGAGAAGUACGUGAAGUUCUCUGGAUUGCAUUAAACAAAUUUCACGACUGCGAAGACCUAUUGGGGGCGAGUAUUUUUUGUAUCAUAAAAAUAUGCGAAUCCGUUAAAAAAGAGCUGUUAGCCCAGAAUGCGUGGCUUUGGUAUGCCGUGAGAAGUUUCAUUGAAGGCGUGACUGAGCGUUCUCACCAACUUUCUACCGAGAUCGUCUUCGGACUAAAUAAACUUUUAUCAAUUUUUACUAUUGACGAGUCCGCUGAGGAUCUUGUAACGAUGUGGAAAGCCUAUCUUGCAUCACUUAUGACGGACGCAGAGGAAGAGAAAAUUCAACCUUUAAGCCAAACUGAAUACGAUCUACUACUAAAAGAUCUUGAUAAAGAGCGCUAAAGCGAAGUCAAGUCUGUGUUUGGUGAAAUUUCUUUCUAAUAAAUUAUAACUU